AUGCCCGCAAAAGAGGUUUCGCAGAUUUGCGUGUCUUGUCAAGAGGUCGAGGCUCUCGCGACGAUCCGUCAUCGCCCGCUUUGCCGAGAUUGCUUUAUUGAUUAUGCUGGCCGUAAGGUGGCAACAGUCAUGUCUUCUUACCGUCCUCAAAAGAACGCUACGCCGCCGAAAGUGCUUUUGCCCCUCUCGCUCGGAAUAUCGUCGUCAAGCCUUUUGCACAUGGUGGAUAGAUUGCAGAAGUUUCAACUUGCCCGAUCGCUGGCCACUGCAGGAUUCGAGUUGCAUGUGCUUGUGGUCGAUCCGACAACCGUCCAUCCUGGCUAUACCGACAUAGAGGCCAACUUCGAAGCCGCAAAAGAGAGCUUUCCGAACCAUACAUACACCAUGAUUCCUCUACAUAGCAUUUUUGAGUACGACGUUACCAUCAAAGACUCCCUUCGUGACUUUGGAUUCGUCGAUGAAGGCUUCAGCUCUGAUAAGGAGCGGCUCGAUGCGUUUCGGGCAUCCAGGUCUACAACCACAGCACGGGAUGAUAUUGAUAACCUCCUACUUGUCCGCCUCAUUGUUGCAUUCGCUAAGAAUAAUGAUUGUCGUGGCAUUCUUUGGGGUGACUCGGAUAGUCGCUUGGCCGCAAAAACGCUCGCAAAUGUUGCCAAGGGUCGUGGGGCUUCUCUCACCUGGCAAGUCUGUGACGGUGUGUCGCCAUGGGGGUUGGACUUCAGUUUUCCACUGCGAGAACUCUACAAAUUCGAAUUGGAGAUCUACGUCAAGCAGAUACCAGAGUUGGCCAGUAUCAUGAUACCCGACCUGCAGGUACAAGAAAACGAAGCGAAUCGUAACCUAUCUAUCGACAAUCUGAUGAAUCUAUACGUCAAAACACAAGGGGAGAAAUACCCCGGCGUUAUGGCUAAUGUGGUUCGUACUGCCAAUAAGCUUCGCCCUGCGCCAAAUACCGAAGCCGUUAAAUGUUCACUCUGUGCUGCUCCGGUUGACUCGACUGCAUCGUUAUGUUAUGCGUGUUUACGAUCAGGGGCCGAUGUCUUACAGCAUUCGUCAAGCACUUGA